AUGGCAAAUAGUAUUGCUGGAGGAAUUCAUUAUGGAAAAGUGGAUAUUCAAGGUAUAAAAAUUCGAAAACCAAAUAUUCAAGCAUUUGAAGGCCUUUUUUUCAAGAUAUCAUGUGUUGCGAUCGAUGAUGAUACUUCAUAUAUUUCAUUUUUGGAUUUAAAUGAUAAACCUAUCGGUAUUCCAGACGG